UCUCAGGUCUUCAAGUUGGAUUUCCGCCCGGAUCCUGGCAUGCCACACGUAGUGCUAGUAAUUCCGGAUCCGUAUUCGUGAUCUGCUAUUGUUGGAACCUUAAGACCGUAGUUGUUUCGCACAAGAUGGGUUCCGAGAGUCAACAUGCCGAGGCCAACGGGAAAGCAGAUCCUGUUGAUUCAACUCAGGCCAGUUCAAGCAAAAACAAGCUGAAGCUGGCGUACCAUUUCGUCGUGUCCAACAGCGGUCCUGUAAUCCUGCUGCCUAUACUGGCAGCGAUUGCUCUUCGCGUGGCUCGCAUGUCUCCCGACGACGUGCAGGCGCUCUGGGAAUUCCUGCACCAGAAUGCCGUCCCCGUCUUCGUCGCCCUCAACCUUAUCCUCCUCGCCGCCGCCUUGUACUUCGCAACGAGGCGCACUCGUGUUCUGCUCGUCGACUACGCCUGUUUCCGUCCCUCGGAAGAGCUCGCCAUGACACGCGCUGAGGGCCUCGACUUCGCUCGUCGCACCCCGACCUUUGACGACAAGAGCGUCGAGUUCCAGACGAAGGUUGUCGAGCGAUCCGGUCUCGGCGACCGGACCUACCUUCCGAAAUGCCUGAGAACGUUCCCGAUCACGCCGAGCCUGGCGGAGGCUCGGAAAGAGGCGGAGAUGGUCAUUUUCGGGAGCCUCGAUGCGCUGUUCGAGAAGACCGGAGUUAAGCCGAAGGAUAUCAGCAUCCUCGUGGUGAACUGCAGUAUCUUCUGCCCGACUCCGUCGCUGUCCGCCAUGGUGGUGAACAAGUACGGCAUGCGCAACGACAUCCAGUCGUACAACCUCGGAGGAAUGGGGUGCAGCGCCGGGCUUAUUGCCAUCAAGCUCGCUCAGGAUCUACUCCAGGUGACCCCCAACACGUACGCCGUGGUGGCGUCCACGGAGAACAUCUCCCAGAACAUAUACCUGGGCACGCGCCGCUCCAUGCAGGUCUCCAACUGCCUCUUCCGCCUCGGAGGAGCCGCCAUGCUGCUCACCAACAAGAGCAGCGAGCGCCGCCGCGCCAAGUACGAGCUGAAGCACGUGGUGCGCACGCACAUGGGCAAGGACGACAAGAGCUACAAGUGCGUGUUUCAGGAGGAGGACGACAACAAGGUGGUCGGCGUCGCUCUGUCUAAGGACCUCAUGAACGUCGCUGGAGAGUCCCUCCGCACGAAUAUCACCAGGCUAGGCCCGCUCGUGCUGCCGCUAUCCGAGCAGCUGCUGUUCGCUGCUGUGCUCAUCGCUCGGAAGGUCUUUGGCGUGAAGAUGAAGCCGUACGUGCCGGACUUCAAGCUCGCGUUCGAACACUUCUGCAUCCACGCCGGUGGUCGCGCUGUGAUUGAUGAGCUCGAGAAGAACCUCGAUCUGACGCACUACCAGACCGAACCGUCGCGCAUGGCUCUGUACCGCUUUGGCAACACGUCCUCGUCGUCCAUCUGGUACGAGCUCUCCUACUCGGAAGCACAGGGUCGCGUCCGCCGUGGCGACCGCGUGUGGCAGAUCGCGUUUGGUUCUGGCUUCAAGUGCCAGAGUGCCGUGUGGCAGGCGCUGAGGAAGAUCGACCCCAAGAAGAACAGGGGUGUGUGGGCGGAGUACUACGACGGAGCGGGUGGCGCGGAGAUGUUCGCUGCAGCGCUUGCGGAUGCCCAGGCUCCUGUCAGGCCGAUUCCCGCGUCAUAGGGAUUGCAGCACUCACUUGGGAGAUGCAGUGAUUGUAGCUCGUCGGAUAUCGUUGUGGGUAGGUUGUCUAGUACUGCUUCUUUCUUGGCUUUGAUAUGGCAUGGUUAGGGAUGAACUGAUUCUGAUGUUCAGGGUUCAGGUUUCCAGGUUGGGCACUUAGUGGAAGCAAGGGACAUUCUGAUCGUAUGAGGGGGAUUUAACAGGGGGUGUGCGGGAUGAAGAGAGCAGAAGAUGUACUGAAAGGGUAGCAAUUUGGCACGAGUAGUUGCUGCUCCAGAUAUGCCUCCAGCUUCUGCCUCUUGCAGGAGGUGUGGGUGGAAUGCUGAGGCACUGAGGUGAGGAUCUCCUGAUAAUUUUCACAAUGUUAUGGCGAUGCACACAAUUCA